ACCUGCUCCCAUGAACGACCCACGCGACGACGACGACGACGACGACGACGGGGUCAUCUCUAUCAGCAGCGACAGCGACCACGGCGAAGUCGCACCCGUAGCUGGCCCCUCCAACGUACUAAAUCGUCGCGCCCCCCUCGCCGCGCAAGGCUCAGCCGAGCUCGACAUACCACACGAGCUGGACGGCGCGUCCCGCGCGCAACUGCACGUCGCGAUCGCGACCGCGCCGGAGGAGCGCGUUCGCGAGGCGUUCGCCGCGCUCAUAGACAGCGUCCCCGCCGUCACGGAGCGCGUCUUCAGCAUGCUCGUCGCGGUGCCGCCGCCCGCGUACCCUCCGCCUCAACAGGCGGGGGAGAUGGUGCCUCCGGCCGCGCCUCCAUGGAACGUAUAUCCUCCACCCGUUCAGGCACCCCCAGUCGCGAGAGCCGCGCUGCUGGUUCCGCGUUGGCAGAUAUGUGCGAACUGCGAAGAGGAGUAUGAUGCGGGCGCCGUCCGACAGGCGGGGGAAUGCAACUACCACACAGGGAGACUGGAGAUGAAUUAUGACGCGUGGCCAGACUGGGACGAGGACGUGCACGGGGAGAUGGACACCACCGAGAACCGCAGACUGUAUCCGGAGAACUUCACAUGGUCGUGCUGUGGCUGUGACGGGACGGAGGUGGGAUGUGUCGAGGACGAGCAUGAGCCGAGGGAAGUACAGCGUGGGCAGAAAAGGCCGCGACGACACUGA